AUGGAGAACUUCCGUAAGGUGCGCUCGGAGGAGGCGCCGGCGGGGGACGGUGAUGAGGGUGGCAGCCUGAACUCUGGCCCUUUCGCAGACCUGGCGCCCGGUGCUGUACACAUGCGGGUCAAGGAGGGCAGCAAGAUCCGCAACCUGCUGGCCUUUGCCACCGCCAGCAUGGCGCAGCCAGCCACGCGCGCCAUCGUCUUCAGCGGCUGCGGCCGGGCCACCACCAAAACCGUCACGUGCGUCGAGAUCCUCAAGCGCCGCCUGGCGGGCUUACACCAGGUCACGCGGCUGCGCUACCGGAGCGUGCGCGAGGUGUGGCAGAGCCUCCCGCCUGGGCCCACGCGGGGUCAGACGCCUGACGAUCCGGCCGCCAGUCUCAGUGUACUUAAGAAUGUACCGAGCCUGGCCAUCCUACUUUCAAAGGACGCAUUGGAUCCACUACAACUCGGCUACCAGCCUCCGAACCUCAAUCCUGGUCCUUCGUCCACUCCUACGGUGUCGACGUCCAAGAGGAGCCUGGGGGAAUCUGCUGCUGGAGAAAGCACCGCUAAACGGUCUCAGCCUGAGCCAGGGGCUGAGAAUGAGGACUCGACCGCCUGAGAACUCCUGGCUCUGAGCCACCUCAACACUCCCACAUCCUCGUGCACUUUCAUACCAAGGUUUUAAGGGGCCCAUGUUCCUGGACUGGAAGAUUGACAGCAGGGAUCCCAAGGCGACCAGAGAGGGAGCUCAGGAAUGAUAAGAGGAUCCCCUGAAGUCCAAGAAAACUUUGUGGGAAGUGUUGC